GGAAAAUGAAGAAGACAUUUUCAACGCGGGUGACAUGGUUCUGAUGUCACCACGUUUGGGUGUGAUAAUUUUCAGUUUAUUUCUCUCCGCAGUAUUAAACGAACUCACGCACUCCUUGCCAGUAAAAUCGAACAAAAAUGGGGCGAAAUGGUUUCCACUAAAGCCGGCCAUUUAUCGUGGUUACCGCGUACACAAGAAUAUCCAAGGUACAUUCAGUGUUGUGGAUGCAGAGAUUACGGAUGGGAAAUCGGCAUCGUUGGAAGCUUAUGACAGAAAGGAAAAUGUACAAAGCCGAACUAACUUGAGUGACACCGUUGAUUCCAACACAACUUUAGCGAAAGACAUGGUGAAGUUGGGAUAUGUGACUUUGCCCGCAGAGUUGCUACAUUAUGUGACCACUCACUUAGUAGCUAUUGUGCAAGUUGUCCCACUUGCAGGGCAUACAAAAGUCCUUCAUCUAUGCGGCGGCACAGUCAUUUCAAGCGACUUUGUGCUCACGGCAGCUCAUUGCGUGCAACCAUUUGAGAAAGUUCAGGAACUUUUAAGAGUUGCCACUUUCACCACUAUCAGAAACGUCAGCCGAGGAGACCUGGAUCGCUUCUCACCGGAAGGAACGAAUUUCCGUAUUGAUCAAUUGAUUAUACACCCGGGCUUUAGAAUGAAAGAUAAAUUUUCCGAUGACAUUGCCCUUAUAAAGAUAAUACCUGACCUAAAGGGGAGUGCACUUUUGCCACGGAAGUCAUGCAGCAUAGUUAACGAAAUGUUUGAAGAAGUGAAAGGUGACCAACAACUUGGCAAUAAAACCGCACCCUGUAUUGUAGCCGGGGCUGGCCAGUCUCGCUAUGGAGGACAACCAGGGCAAAAUACAGGACGAACAUCACUGCAUAUUGCCGUUGUGACCAGGGUUGUAUGCGACAAAUUGGCAGGGUUUGUAUCUGCUGCAAAUCGCACUGUGAAGCAAACAUAUAUAUGUGCUGGUGGCCAGUUGGAAGACGGUGACACUUGCCAAGGUGACAGUGGCGGUCCAUUAUUGUGCGCGAACUUCACAUACAAAAGUGCAACAACAAAGAGUCCUCGAACGUGGUAUUUGGCAGGAAUCGCAUCCUCGGGAAUCGGCUGCGGUACCAGUGGUAUUCCUUCUGUUUACGCUCGAAUUCAUUCGUACGUUAACUGGAUACGGGAAACAACCGGGCUGGUCACAGCUGCCACGAAAUCGAGCUGA